GUCGCCACCGAGGCCGUGGGCGCAGCCGCAGACACGGGGGCCACCGCCGGCGAGGCCGCGGACGGCCAGCAGGCGCCCCUGCCCUCGGAGGGGGGCAGCCAGGUGGACACGGACGUGGCGUCGCGGGCCCUCUUCGAGCAGGCGGCGCAGCUGA